AUGACCUGGGAGACCAGUACAUUGAAAGAAGAUUAUGAUAGUAGUGUAACAUCACAGCUAGCAGAAAAAAAGUUGGAUACAUUUUGCGGUAUCUGUGGAUUUUAUAUAGAUUAUACCACAUUGAAGAAAUUUUCUUCCACAUCUUUUACAGAGGAAUGUCAUGAGAUGAAGGCAAAUACUUUGAAUUAUAUAACGAAGACAAGCUCAUUAUUAAAAUAUUCAAAUAAUACUGUACCUGAUAAUCAAGAAAAAUUUGAUGUAUCUACUCCAAUAAAUUCUAUGCCUGAUAUCUUACCGCAAUUAAAGAGAACUUGUGAUCAAUGUCAAGCUAUUAUUCAAGUUUGUGGAGAUCAUAAAUCUUAUUCGAUAUGUCCUGGAUGUCUUAAAGUAUUCAAAAUAUGUACUAAAUGUGCUACUAUUGAUCAAAUAUUACAAAAGCUAAAAUAA